AUGAGAAUUCCCAAUGAUCUCUUGAUAAGCCGAUUCGAAAUCCUUUUCGAUAGUACCCCGCCCCCUUCAGACGCAUCAAUGCGGGACCUCCUGAAGAGUCGCGUGAAGCACGUUGGAGCGGAUUACAGAUCCUUUUUGCAUCACUGGAUCCAUCUUCAACUGCUCGAGUAUUCCUCGGCAAAUCGAGUCGACAAAGUUAUUGCUCAAAUUAGUGAAGCGGGCGAUGCGGAAGAGAAGGAGAAGUGA